CUCUCUCUCUCUCUCUCUCUUGGCACUCUUCCAUAGUAUUUUCAUCAUCACCCACCAUUGAUGGGGGAGUUACAACCACAAUCUUCCACAACACCUCCACCACCACCACCACCUCGCCACUUAUCUUCCCUUGUCCAACCUUCCCAUCAAAGAAAGAACAAACACAAAAUCAGAGUCCUGAAAGUCUUUCACUCUGUCUUUCGUUCCCUCCCAAUUAUAACACCCGCAUGCAAAAUGGGCUCUAUCUCUAUGCCAACAGGUUUACCUGAUAGUCAUCGAAACGGUGCUGGCUCACGAGUGACUGGCACUUUAUUUGGUUACCGUAAAGGACGUGUAACUUUGUCCAUACAAGAAAGCCCUAAGUAUUUUCCUACGUUGCUGGUUGAGUUAGCCAUGCAAACAAAUGUGUUACAAAAGGAAAUGAGUUCUGGGAUGGUUAGGAUUGCACUUGAAUGUGAGAAGAAAGGUGACAAGGAUAAGACUAGGAUUUUAGACGAGCCCUUGUGGACCAUGUAUUGUAAUGGGAAAAAGAGUGGUUAUGGGGUUAAGAAAGAGACUUCAGAGGAGGAUUUGAAUGUGAUGGAAUUACUAAAGGCUGUGUCAAUGGGUGCUGGUGUUCUUCCUGGGAAUUCUGAGAUUGAAGGGCCUGAUGCUGAUUUGGCUUACAUGAGAGCCCAUUUUCAACGUGUUGUGGGUUCGAGGGAUUCAGAGACAUUUUACAUGUUAAGUCCAGAUGGGAAUAAUGGGCCUGAGCUUAGUAUUUUCUUCGUGCGGAUUUGAUUACUAAGAUCGACUAUUUCGUAACGGUAACAAACUAAUGAGUGAAUAUAAUAUGAUUCAAUUUUUUUUUUUUUUUUAAUUUACAGUAUUCACUAAAUCAACCAUUGGGUUGGGUGAUUACAUGGAUGAUUUGGUAUAUGUCUGUUAAGAGAUAUCUUUUUAGUUAGCUAUAUUUACAAUGUUAGCAUCUUGUGGAGUUGGGGCCCAUUUAUACAGAGAGAGAGAGAGAGAGAGAGAGAGAGAGAGAGAGAGGAAUAUGGGGUUAGGAUAGGGAGAAAGAAAUAAGGGAUGAUGAAUUAGGACUCCCAAUAUGGGGAAC